GGUCGAAACUGUUGCCAUGGUUAACGAUAACUGAACAAAUCAAAAACGCAAGGACACUUCUAUAGAGAGUAUAUUGCUUUUGUUCUGGAUGUGGUGCUGGCCUUCCUGAAGUUAGAUGUCAUUCCACAAUCAUGCCUUGGCCCCAGAGAUGAGCGAAAUCUGCCAUGUGAAAUCUUGGCGAAGUUAAGGAGUUAUGGCGAGUAAAUAAGACAUAUGUAAACCAGGGAGGGACUGUGAAACAGAAUUUCUUAAUGCCACUGAAAAGUAAAAUGGUGUGAGGGAGUAUGUCAUCAACGCUGAACAGAGGGAGUCUACAUUAGUCAAGAUGUCAGAGAUGAUGAGAUUGCACCAGGCUGCAGCUGCUGGGGACGUUGAGCUGGCCACUGACAGCUUGAAAAAGAACAUAUGUAAUCCAAAUUAUAAAGACAUUGAUUGGGACUACAGGACUCCUUUGCACUGGGCUGCACUAAAAGGACACACUGAAAUUGUAAAAAUUUUGAUUGAAAAUGGAGCUCGACCAUGUCUCCAAACAGAUGCUGGCUGGACUCCAGCACACUAUGCUGCAGAAUUUGGACGCCUGGGAGUUCUUAAAGUCCUCCACUCAAUGCAUGCACCUAUUGAUAAGAAAGAUCUGUUUGGUGAUACACCAUUAAGAAUAGCAUCCAUUUAUGGACACAGGGAUUGUGUCAAGUUUUUAGAAAUUGCUGAGCAAGAAUGUAAGGAUUAUCGCCUGACAGCAGAAUUAAAAGGGAUACCCUUGGACGAAAUCGAUGAAGAAUGGGAGAAAAAGAAAGACAUGGUAGAGCGCAGGAGAAAUUCAGAUGCACUAAAGAAGUACAAUGGAGCCUUGAAGUCAGGUUGUAAUAAGGGAUCAGAAUUAAAUAUGAAAUUGGAAAAAAAUACUUUGUAGAAUGUUGCUUUGUAUACUCCUGUUAAGAUGUAGUUAUUCCAUAUUGCAAGGGUGCAAAAAUAUU